UUACCUUUUUUCAGAAUGGAAUAUUAUUGAAUAAUAUUUAUAAAAUUAGAGUUGAUAUUAGCUACCGUAAAUAAAAUAUAGAAUAAUUCUUUUUGAAAUUGAGCAACAGACUUUUAACUCAACAUGACGUCUGUUGGAACCUACUGCAGUUUGUUUUUCCGAUGGAUACCUUGUGUCUUUAUCAUAGCAAUUGUUUUUUGGUCGUAUUAUGCUUACGUCGUAGAAUUGUGUGUAUACACUGUCACACCUGACGUCGCUAAAGCGUUGUAUCUCAUCUUUUACCAUGUAUUUUUCGUGAUGUUUAUGUGGGCAUAUUGGCAGACAAUAUUUACAGAUGUUAUGACACCUUCUAGUAACUAUGAUAUUCCAAGAGAGUACCAAAGUAGAGUAAUAAAGCCUGAAACAGAGGAAGACAGACAAGCGGCUUUACGAGAUAUUAUACAUAAUAAUGGUAUGACUGUCGUAACAAGGACAAUUGAUGGAGGUAUCCGAUACUGUGAGAUAACCAAAGUAAUAAAACCAGACAGAUGCCAUUACUGUUCUGUUGUCGGAAAAUGUGUGUUGAAAAUGGAUCACUACUGCCCCUGGGUCAACAACUGUGUCGGUUACAGUAACUACAAAUUUUUCUUGUUGUUUCUCUUCUAUGGAUUUUUAUAUUGUCUCUACGUUGCCGGGACUGUGUUACCAUAUUUCAUCGACUUCUGGCAGAAUCUUCUUGAUGGAUCUGCUCGUUUCCACAUUUUAUUCCUCUUCUUUGCUUCGGUUAUGUUCGCCAUAAGUUUAUCGUGUCUUCUCGGAUAUCACAUAUAUCUUGUGUUAAAAAAUAGGAGCACUUUAGAAUCUUUUCGGGCUCCAAUCUUUAUGCAUGGAGCAGAUGCAGACGGGUUCAAUCUUGGAUAUAGAAGAAAUUUUGAACAAGUUUUUGGGGAAAGAGUAUUGCUAUGGGGCUUGCCACUUUUCACAAGUAUGGGAGAUGGGAUGUCGUAUCCAACUCGACUAUUACCACAAGAUUCAGAACAUAACAUGGGAAAUGGAUUGAGUUUUCCACAAAGAUCUCGUACGAGCGAUUCAAACCACUUACUUGACAAUGAUGCCAUAUCACCUAGAGGUCCAAGCGAGUCUGGGAGUCAAAUUGCAAUUGUGAAUGAAAGAUAAAAAGCUGAUUCACAUUGAGACUCUUGUA